CUUUUUCCCCUCCCUUGCUCUUAGUAUCUCCCCGUUCUCUCCCCGCCACCCUCUCUCAUUCCCGUUCUCCACUGCCAGAGGGAGAGAUGAUCGGAGGAGCAGAGUCUCAGUGAAGCGAGCGAAGCGAUGGAGAGAUGCUCCAUCUCUCUUGUCACACCACUGACCCCCCUCCUGUGCCUGCUGCUGAUCGCUCUGGUGCCCCAGCCCUCCACCUGUAACCCUGACGCCGAGGCGGAGGCCAAGGACCAGGUGGACGCCCUGUCCGUCCAACUUUCCGUCACGGCCCAGGUCACGCCUACGCCGCUGUGGGCGGUGGUCUGGGGUCCCACGCAGCCGCUGGAGGAUGAGACCUAUCACAUCCUCUCCAGCCAGGAAACAGACCCUCUGCACCCUCACGGGAACCAGCUCCAGGAGGUCAACACCGCCGGCUCAGAGGAAUGGUCCUUCCUAGACAGGAGCAUGCGACCGGGAGAAGAAACUCCGGUGGAGUCCAGGAAGAAGGGGGGAGUGAGGAGUGGAGGGACGGAGGCAGAGGGGACAGAGCCUGAGGAAGUGGACCCUCAGUUCUACGUCACCGUGACCAUCUCCACCCUCCUCAUCCUGACGGCGGUCGUCAUCGUAGCCAAACUCUGUUACGAUCGCAGCUGUUCCCAGCAUCCACCCCCGCUGUCUCGUGGCGCGGCCCCCCCCCCCACACUGGCUCUGCCUCGCUCCCUGACUUCAGAGGACAGCCGACAGACACUGCACAGCACCUCCUCCUCCUUCAACGACAGAGAGAGGAUCCCAGUUGUUAACCUCUGAGCUGACACUCUCUCCAUCUGGUAAACAUUUGGCGGCGGCCUGUGGCGGAGCAUCAACACGGCCGGAGGACGUUCAGUCCACAGUCUGGUUGGUGGGUUCCAGGAUCCCAGGUCUCCAGCUGAAAGUCAUUGGCUUCCCUCAGAUAUUACCCCCCCCGACCCCCCCCAAAACACAAAAUCCUGUUUGUUGAGCGUCAUCUUCCCGAGUGUCCCUGAGACGCAGACACCUCCUCCUCCUCCUCCUCCUCCUCCGGCUCUGAGGAGCAGCUGAUCGCCCUGCGCUCUCAGCCCGACGUGACUAAUUGACAAAGAAGCCGUUAAACCGCUGCGCGGCAUCACAUUAGCUCCACGACAGCCUCGAAACAUCCGACCUGUGCGUCGACGGCGGCGAUUCAUCUGAACGCGUGACGCCGUCAACGCUAUCUCCAGACGAACAGACUGUUGUUCUGUGAUGGACCAGCUCCGCCCCCGCCUCCUCUCAGCAUCUUCAAACACAUUAUGGGAUAUUUCGCCCGGCGUCAGCCAACAGGCGAUGAGUUUAACACGUCACGCUCCAAAAACCUGCUUUUGUUCCCCGCCCCAGAUGUUUGGACCGCUUGAGUCUGGCUUCGUCCUCCGACUGUUACGUCCUCGGCUGCGUCUCCGUUCUUUCCUCCUGAUUUGUUCUCUUAAUUAUCUGCCUGUUGUUUAUCCCACUGUUGAGCCUCUGCCCCCCCCCCCCCCCCCCGC